AUGAUAUCGCCGGCAGCCAAAACCCAAUUUUGCCACCAGAGCCUGUCUUUCGACAUCCUGAUGGGUGUGGCUAUAUUCAAACCUGGCUCGGUCGUCCGCAUCGUUCUCCACAAUUUCGUGACUUACGCUCAUGCAACGUUUCUUCCUGGGCCAUACCUCAACUUGGUUAUCGGCCCUAAUGGGACCGGUAAGAGCACUAUAGCUGCGGCCCUUGCUCUCGGACUCAACUGUCCUGCACACAUAUUGAAGCGGUCGGACAAUCUCCCCGACUACGUUCAGACUGGCCAGAAGAGCGGUUACGUGGAGAUAGAGUUGAAGGGGUUGCAACAUGCUGCCAACGUGAUCAUCCGGCGCACCCUUUUUGCGGGCAAGAAAUCCUCGUCGUUUCAGUUGAAUGGAGAGCCUGCCUCUGGUCAGGAGGUGAUUCGGGAGAUUGGCAAGUUGAAUGUGAACGUCAGCAACAUGUGCAACUUUCUUCCCCAAGACCGAGUGGCCGAAUUCGCACAGAGGUCGCCCCAAGGCCUAUUGCAAGAUACACAACGCGCCGCAGGGGACAAAUCUCUGGAGACUUGGCAUGAAGGAUUGAUCGACAAGCAAAAAGACAGGAAAGAAAUCGAGAGAGCAAUCAAAACAAUGUCGGACGAGGUGCAAAGAUUGGUCAACCGCAAUAACUCAGAUAAGCAUCUGGUCCAGCGCAUGGAGGAGCGCACGCGCAAAGUGGAUAGUAUUACAACAUCGAAGCUUUUGCUAUUGCGUAUGGAGAUAGUCAACAUGAAGGGCCGUUCCGACAUGAUUAGGCAGGAGAUGAAGGGGCUGGAGCUGAAAGUCCGCCGGCUGAAGGAGAAGCAUCAACAGAUGAGGACUUGUCGCAACCACCUUCAACAGGAUCAAGGCCGCUUGCUCUCUCAAAUGACGCCGUUGAAAGCAUCCGUACGCAAUCUGGAGCAGGAACUCGCUGCGAUGAAACGCCGGCAUGACGACUUGGAUGGCGAAGCACGCGACAUAUCUCUGGAGAUUGAAAACCUGAAGCCCGAAGAAGGCGCUCGUGAUCGCAAGAUGACGGCUCUCAAUCAAUCGAUCGCCGAUAUACGCACAUCCCUGCAGACCCCGCUCACAGACUCGGCCAACCUGGACAGCACUUACAGGGAGAUGACCAAACUUGAAGCUCGGUACCAAAGCCUGCAUGACCUUCAUGACAAGGUAAUGGACAAGCAAGUUCUUCAAGUAGAUGUCCUCGGGCGACUUCGCAAUGCGGUCGAGUCUGCAAAGACCGCAGUGCAGCAACUUUCCAACAGGGCCCAGCAAAGGCUUCUCAACUUGCGCGCGUCGGAGCCUGAACUUGUUGAUGUGCUCUUGUGGUUGCGCGAGCACCAAUGCCUGUUCAAGAAGAAGAUCGUCGAACCUCCCAUAGUUUCGCUCUCUGUGACCCACUCCAAAUACCGCGAUGCAAUCGAAGCAUGCUUUAGCUACGGUCAGCUCCGUACAUUCGUUGCACAGACCGAAGAGGACUAUGACUUACUGAAUCGCCUCGUCGUGGAUACAGGAGAGGCUAUCGGGCGCAAGUGCCGAAUAAAUGUAACCGCUUUUACUGCUCAGCGCAGCGACGAUGGACCCUUACCUGCCAGUACUGCCGAGCCCAUUUCCGUGACACAGUUGCAAAGCACUGCUCGUGAGCGUCUGGCGGAACUGAUGGCGGGACGGAAGAGUGGGAACUACAUAACCGGCAGGACAAAGAACCAUGUCACCAGAUCCAAGUACGGCCAGCAGCUUCCCCAGGUCACUACGUCCAUGAUCAAGUCGGCUCGUUUCCUGACUGUGCACGACUCUACUGAGGAGUCUUCGGCUUUCGAAAACGCCCACGCAGUUCUCAGACGCAACGAAGAAGAUCUCAGCAAAGCCGAAAUAGAAGAGGUUAGUAUGCGUAGGGAAGCUGAAUCGCUGUCGAGCCAGGAGCGGGAAUGCAAGCUACGAAUAGGAGAUCUGAAGCGACUUGUUGACGGAGACGCUGAAAGGAGGAGGCACAGGACGGCUCUACAACAACGUCUGGAGGCUCAGGAGAAGGAACUGGACGCGUUACGCUCGAAGCCUGCUGUGAAGGAUCGCUGGCUGUCGCUGCGAGCCCAGCAAGACAUCUUGCGUACGAAGAACAUUGAGCUUGCGGGACAAGUUGGUACUCUUGUCCGGCAGCGCAUCGCAGAACUGAGACAGCUCACGGACAUACACCUUCGGGAAUCAUCGAUAUCGAGCUCUUUGGCUGCUCUGGACGCGCUCAUCGAGAAGCACGCAAUAGCGGAGGAUGACGCCGUCAAGGCGAAACAGUCGCUCGAAGAUCAGAACCAGACGUUGAAGAGCGAUUUCCAGCGGGUGAAAGACGAGUUCAAAGAGCUCGCCCAGUCCUCUCCACAGGCCUUCGAUGCUGUCAAGUCUUCGAACGAGAGAUCCGAAGAGGAUGUCCGGGAGGCAUUACUACGGGAUGAACAAGAGCUGGAGAUAUUGGUCGAGGUCGAUCCCUUGGCCGUUGAGAAGUUCAAUCAACGCCAAUCCAAAAUAGAGUCGCUGACGAGGGAGCUGGAAGAGAAGAGUGCGCAAUUGGAAAAGAUUGUUCACGAUGUUCAAACCCUCCACAACCUCUGGGUUCCCAGGAUCAAGUGCUUGGUAGAAUCCAUCAAUGAGAAGUUCUCUCAUUUCUUCGACCGCUUGUGUUGUGCUGGCGCAGUUGAACUGGUUGAACACGAGGAUUAUAAAGAGUGGGCUAUUUCUAUCCUUGUCAAGUUCCGCGACGACACACAACUUGAACAACUGUCAGCCUACCGUCAAUCUGGAGGGGAACGCUCCCUCACCACAAUGGUGUACUUGUUGAGCCUCACUGCGCACCUCAACGGGCCAUUCUCUCUCGUAGACGAGAUCAACCAGGGCAUGGACCAGCGCGCAGAGCGAUCUCUACAUAACCUCCUUGUGGAGACGACGUGCUCGGAUAUCAGUGGCCAGUACUUUCUCAUCACGCCCAAGCUUCUCCCAGAUCUCCGGUACGAUCCGCGAAUGACAAUUCAUUGCAUCAACAAUGGCGAUUGGCUUCCGGAUGAAGAGCAGCAUAGGGUGUAUUUGUCGGACUUGAACCAAUUGCUCGAGAGUCUUGAGAGUAAAGGAGGUUAUGUUGCUUAG